GGCAGAGAACUUGAGGAACAUUUUUGCUUUUUGGUGCUGCCUUGGGAUGAGGUCUCAAAAAUUUACCACAGUGGAAUACAUACCAGCGAGUCUGCAAUGAAGGAAUUAGGAAAUCCCCUCCUUGGAGUUUAUUUAUUCAGACAUGUUGAUGUUGCUUUGAAUUAUGCAAAUAGAUUGAUCAGUGCAGAAAACAUCCUUGUUUUCAAGGUUCUCUUUGGAAAGGUAAAAAAAAUUCAGCCUCCUAUGGGUAAAAAGAAAGUUGCCCUGGAUCCUACCCCAAACUUUGAUUGCCACAUGUCUAGAAUUGCUCCUACGCUUAAAGAUCCAGUUGAUCUGCAGGCCAUUGGCUCAUCGGACUUUCUGGUGAUGAGAUGGCUCAUUAAGCCUGCACAAGCAAAAUUCUUAGACAUUACAGAAGAACAGUCACCCAGACAUGCUGGUGUCAAGAUGGAAAUGGAAGAAAGUAAUAGAGUUAAAGUGCAGACAAAAAAUGAGAAGCCACCAAACGUGACAGCUGUUGGUGCAGAAACAAAUCCUUUGAAAAAAUUUACCAUCCCUAAAAUAAGGAGGACUGCUGAUAAAGUUUCUUUAACAUCCUGCUACACUAAUGAGAGGGAGUAUAGCAGUAUCAGCCAUACUCUGAGCCAGUCUCGUCUCAACACAGGAUGUGACCUGCAGUCUUCAUGGCAGUUUGGUGAGAUAAGACUAGUACACAAUGAAGAGCUGGAAAAAAAAUUUGCUGCAAAGAGGGCCAAGAUGCGUGAAGAAGGAAGGCAAGGCAGAGAACUUGAGGAACAUUUUUGCUUUUUGGUGCUGCCUUGGGAUGAAGUCUCAAAAAUUUACCACAGUGGAAUACAUACCAGCGAGUCUGCAAUGAAGGAAUUAGGAAAUCCCCUCCUUGGAGUUUAUUUAUUCAGACAUGUUGAUGUUGCUUUGAAUUAUGCAAAUAGAUUGAUCAGUGCAGAAAACAUCCUUGUUUUCAAGGUUCUCUUUGGAAGUAAAAAAAUUCAGCCUCCUAUGGGUAAAAAGAAAGUUGCCCUGGAUCCUACCCCAAACUUUGAUUGCCACAUGUCUAGAAUUGCUCCUACGCUUAAAGAUCCAGUUGAUCUGCAGGCCAUUGGCUCAUCGGUUUACUUCUAUGAAUACAAUAUACACUCAAAACCAGUGGAUAAGCCUAGGCAGUGUCUUCCAUAUGCAGUAGUAACAGUAAGAUUCGUUGGCCAGAAGGUGGAAACUGACCCUCUUGUAACAUCUGUGAGGUUUCUGUCUAAAGGAUUUCCUAAGUAUUCUGAGAGAAUGCAAGAGUUACUCCUCAAAAUGAAAAAGAUCUAGCGUUGAGUAUCUCACCGGAUAAUCUAGGAAACAAGAGGCCUCUAGAAAAAGCUGGGCAAGACCAAUUACCGUGCUCACCUU